CCACAGUCAACCACCUAAAUUUUGACGUGUAAUUAAAGACAGCGCCAUCUUACGGAAACAGUGUGUGUUGAAAUGUGUAAAUAAACAAGCCGUGCAAUUCUUGUCAAAAAAAUAUUUGAAACAAACUACCGCAACUGUCGUUUACAGUUAUAAAAUUUCAUUCGAAAUCGCGAAAUUCAAAGUCGUGAGUGUGUGUGAAAGUUUUUUCUUUUCUGGUAAGCAAAUACAAUAUUUUGUCGUUUAUUUUUGCGCAAAAUACGUAUUAUAUUACUGUUAGUAUAGAAUCAAACUGAAAUUCGCUAAAAUUUUUACAAUAAGUGUACUUAUUCAAAGUGGUUAGCAGCGGUAACCACCGUUCGGUAAGUAGCUAAAUUUUACGCGAAUUUUUGGUGAAGUGCAAGAUAGAACUAAAAUGUGUGUUUUUUAGAGGAAAUGGCCAAGAAAAAUUUAUCGGAUAAGGAAAUUGAAAACCUAUUGAUGUAUGAAGAAAUACCUUCAGAUACUGAUAGCUUUGCGGGUGGUGAUGGAUCUGAUAGAGAUCAAUCUAAAAUCGAAGAAAUCCCUCAAGGUGAGCAACAGUUAUUACUAGGUGAGGAUCUUUUUCGAUCGGAUGAGGAGUUUGACUCUGAGGACGAAGUUCCAUUAUCCCAGCUGCUUGGACGUAUUCAACCCGCUACCCAAGCUGUUCCGCUACUGGCCCAAACCGUGCGGCCUCCAAAAUGGAAGAAAGCUUAUACAAUUUUAGCUCCUGAUAACUUUACACCUUCAAGCAAUUUGCCGGACGAAACAACUAGUCUAGCUGCAAGCCAACAGAUGACCACCCUGAAAAUUUUCAAUAUGCUUUGGACGGAUGACAUUAUGCAACACGUAACAUUUCACACAAAUCUAUAUGCGGAACAAAAAGGAGGUACUUAUAAACCAGUUGCUGCAGAUGAGAUGUCGGUUUUUAUUGCUGUGAACUUAGUAAUGGGCGUGAAAAAAAGUCCAAGCUAUAGAGACUACUGGUCAUCCUCACCUGAUUUGCGUGACGAAUACAUAUCACAUUUUAUGUCACUCAGCCGUUUUUCAUGGAUUCUUGGAAAUUUACAUCUAAAUGACAAUAAUCUGUUGCCUUCACGAAACAAUCCCGAUUACGAUAAGUUGUAUAAGAUACGUCCUUUCACAGAAAUGCUACGAGAAUCUUACAAGAAAAAUUACAAUCACACAGAAAAAAUUGCUAUUGACGAAUCAAUGAUAAAAUUUAAAGGUAGAAGCUGUUUGAAGCAGUAUAUGCCGAAAAAGCCAAUAAAAAGGGGUUACAAGGUGUGGGCGAAGUGUGCUUCUUCUGGCUAUUGUUUAGAUUUCGAUAUAUAUUCAGGAAAAGUCGGAAAUAAAGUGGAGACUAAUUUAGGAGGCAAUGUUGUCAGAAAAUUCUGUGAGGGAUUGGAAGAUAAAAACCAUAAGGUGUACUUUGACAAUUAUUUUAACAGCUACG